AUGGUUUCGGAGCUCGAAGAACUUGUGGAAUUUUUACAUGCUCCCCAGUACAAAAUUAGGGAGAUAGCUCUGGAAAACUUGGUACAAUUCUCGCCCUCCGGACGGAACCCAGCGCUUUUCAAGCACAACAAUUGCGAGCCUGUCAAGGAUCUCAAGAAUCUGAGCAAGGAGAAAGACCCAGCAGUAGUGAUGAAUUCUCUUACUAUUCUGGCUAAUCUCUGUGAUGACCUCGAGUUCCGCAAAUUGAUUGUCGAGGAUGAGGAUUUUGUUAAAUAUCUAAUUCAACAACUAGUCAAUUUGAAGAACACAAACGCAGAUCUCAUGUGUAUACUUCUUGCCAAUCUUGCCAAAAGCGAUGAGAUCCUUAAAGUAUUUGAUUUACAGGUGGAUCUCGGCCAAACCGACAGAGAAGUCUUCAAGAGCAACCACUGUAUGGACUGCUUAAUGGACCUGUUUGUCAAGGGAGCAGAUCGCAAGCUCAACAAAUAUGCCACCUACGACUACCUCUCAUACUUCUUUGCGGAUGUCUCCCGCUUUCCUCGGGGGCGAGAAUACUUUGUCACCGAGCAGGAGUACGACCAUGUUGUUCCUAUUGCCAAACUGCUGGUUUUCACAGAAAAAUACGAUUCCAAGACGAGGAGGGAAGGUGUCGUCUACACGAUUAAAAAUUCGCUUUUCGACACCGACCGUCACAUGGAGCUGCUGGAAGACGAGAGAAUUAAUAUUUUGCCCUACAUCAUUGGUCCGUUUGCUUUGGCCGAGAAUAAAGGUCUGAAAGACGAUGAAAUAUUUGAUCUGCCUGAAGAGCUGCAGCUCCUCGGUCCAGACAAGAAAAUCGAGCCUCUCAAGGAGCUACUGGUGGCGCAUCUGGAGAGUGUCUUGCUGCUCUGUGUUACAAAGGAAGGCAGGGAGUAUCUGAGAGGAAAGAGCGUGUAUCCGCUCAUAAGAGAGCUACAUAAGGUUGCCAAAGACGAGAAGGUGGAGGAGCUUUGUGACAAAGUGGUCCAGAUGCUGAUGCGGGACGAGCCGGUGGAGGACCAGGCUGCGGAGGACCAGGAGGAGGGCUCUGAUGAUGAAAAGAUUACGGAGAUAAUUUAA